AAGAUGAGUCCACGGCCGGGUGAACCGUACACAACGCUUGAAGGAGAUGAUGAUGCAGCUGUGAUUGAGACUAGUGAGGAGAAGGGGGACUCUGGUUCACUGACAGUGGAAGAGAUGGUGAACACGACAAUUGGUGCAAAUAGCUCUAAAGCAUCUGUUUGGAUCUUCAUCUCACUCUAUCUACUAGGACAGUUAGCAAGGGUGGCUGGCCCAGCUCUCGCUCUCAUACCAAUCUUCACAGGUUUCCUGAAUUACGAAGACUGGGAAUGUACCUCUGGUAAAUGUGUUGAGCUAAUGAACAACUUCACGGGUGAGCCGAAAACAUUUUUCAGUCGUGCCACAAUCUGCGACAAUUCACUGGAGCCAAACGUAGAUUUCAACUGGAAUACUGAAAGAACAAGUUACGCUAUAGAAUGGGGUCUGAUUUGCUCGGACGAGAACAAGGACUCUAACAUCAAGAGCUUCUUCUUCCUCGGUGCUUUUAUGGGUCUCCUAACAGGUGGAGCUUUAUUUGAUAGGAUCGGCAGGAAGACGACCUGUCUAGUUGGAAUUGGAGUGACAUCAGUCUCCUGUCUGGCUGUCUUCUUUGUGAACAGCUACGAAAUCAUGCUGAUUCUCAGAGUAGUGCACGGGUUCGGAGCUUUCAUCGUGGUGGAGGGUGUUGAUUUGCUGGCUGUGGAGUUCACUCCUUCUGAUCUCAGGAACCUGAGUCAGAUCCUGAGUAACUGCUUGUGGAGUCUGGGCUCUUUUCUUAUAAUUGGUAUUUCUUAUAGCAUGAGGGAUUGGCACCACAUCUACUUGGUUCUAGGACUUGUUUUCGCUGUCACCGCUGUAGCAGUCUUCAUUUACCCAGAAUCACCCAGAUUUCACCUCGUUAAAGGAAGAGAGAAAGAAGCAAGGGUAACAUUCAAGAAGCUGUCAAAGAUCUUCAACACCAAAGAAAUAUCAGACGACACAAAGCUGACAUACCAAGAUUACGACAAGAACAUCCUCGGACAAAUCAAAGACUUCAUAAAAUAUCCCGUGAUGCUGAAAAACACAGCUAUCCUACUAGUAUGUUGGGCGGCAAUAUCUUGCGUGUACUACGGUCUCAACUUCAGCUGGGGUAAGCUAGGAGCAGAUAUCUACAGCAGCAUUCUCUUCGCUUCCCUCGGAGGUCUCAUAUCUGACGUGUCCGGGAUGAACUACUUCAUCAUACACUUCUUCGGGAGAAAGAAAGCUGUGGUGAUAUGUUUUGCUGGGAUCGCUGCACUCUUCUUCAUCUCUAUUCCCAGUUAUGGGGUUCAUCUUGCUGGCGGUUGGAAUCUUGAUCACGUGGUAUGUCUACUUGCAUCACUAUUCAUCGGGGGUGGGUGGGGUUCAGUGAUACUCCUAACCAAGGAGCUGUCCCCUACUUCCCACAGAGGGAUGAUAUUCUGCAUGGGUUCUGCCUCUGCCAGGGUAGGUGCGUUUAUCGGACCCAAGAUGACGCUGCUCUACAACACCAUUAAUGCUAGAAUCGUCCUGGCGAUAUUCGGGGGUAUUGCAUCCUUCGCUGCAUUCCUGGCGUACUUUAACUCUGAUAGUACUAACAAACCAAUACCUUCCACUCCUGAGGAUCUGGUGCAACUGAGAUCGGACACUGGACAUAGGAAGCUCGGCGAGGGAGAUAUUGAACUUUGAAUGAGCAUUACACUGGCAUUAACUGGAUGCACAAACUUGGUAGUGAAAAGCUUUUAUUUUUAUAGUUUG